AUGAUAGAGAAAUUGCCGCCGAAUCCUGAAUUCAAGGCCAUCGUAUCACAUAAAUACGACUUUGAAUACGAAUAUCUUUUCAUUUCUUUCCAAUCCAUGACGAUGAGAUCUCUUUUAUUGUUAGCUGUAAUUGCCAUAGGGUGCAUGUCUAAUAGUAAGUCCGACUGAAAGACAAAAAGAGAUUCAGAUAUCGAGGAUGAUGAGGAUCGAUGUACCCCAGGAAGAUGUCUGAAUGGAGGUAAAUGUGUGGAGGAAGAAAACAUGGCGCAUUGUGAGUGCAAAUUCGGAUUCAAGGGAGAGUUCUGUGAGAGCAGAUCCUUUCCGGUCUUCAAUUUCUUCCAACAUGACCCCGAAUAUAUGUACGAUCAUCCCAAAAACCCCUGGUCCGAUAGGCAAGUUCAUAUACAGCGUCCGGCGGAAAAAAUUGACUUUUACUUCAAAUCGCUGAUGCAGAUCGGGCAAUUAAAAUGACAAAAGUUGCAUUUUUUCGGCCGCACCUUGUAAAACAUCGAUAAGAUGAAAUUAUAGAUUGGAGACCGAAGCCAUAAAACCAAUACUGGCAAGCAGCACCCAGACGAUCGCAGAUGUCAUCGAAAGAUUCUAUAACAACAUCCAGGAAGUUUACAAUCGGGCUAAGUUUGUGGAGAAACACCAGCAAGCGGAUAUGUUCUUUAAUUAA